AAACACUUCAUCCUACAACAGAAUAAUUAACUUAACAUUUUUCAAAUACGGCUCUAAACAUGGGCUGCGGAUCGUCUAGAAUUGCAAAUGACAACAGUUUACGAUCAAAAAAUGAUUCAAAAGCAAACGGAAGCAAAGAUAAGUCUGAAAAUAACGUUAUAAAAGAGGAAUCUGCGUCUGUACUUGAAAAAGAACCUCCAAUUUCUAGCUUCAAGAUCGGAGAUCGAGUGCAUGUGCGAGGUUAURUGGGUACAGUGAAAUACAAAGGAGAAACAAAACUUGGCGAAGGUGAAUGGAUUGGAAUAGAGCUGGAAAAGGCACAUCCACAGGGCAAUAAUGGCGCAUUUCAAGGGAUAACUUAUUUUUCGUGUAAACCCAAACAUGGCUUGAUAGUAAGACCUGAAACAGCCUUCCACCAUGAAGAUGUCCUCGAAAACAAACUAUCAAAGAUUUCUCCAGAAACAAUUGUAUUUAUUCAAAAGAAAAUGAAGCGAGUCUUAGCUAAAAUUAGACUUGGAAGGCUUCAAGAAAGAUCAGGAAAUGAGAAGAUCAUUGAUAAACACGUGACUAAUACACCAGAAGAAGAAGAGGCGAGUCCCAGUCGUCUUGGAAUCUAUCUCACUGCCCCCUUUAGUCGCACCAGAGACAAGGCUUUUGCCAUCUAUAGAUGGCUAACGUUUAACAUUAGUUAUGAUGUCGAAGGCUUUUUUGGAAGGGAUUCAAAGAAAAGCUGUUUGGCUGAAGAUGUCCUUGUAAGCAGGCUGUCUGUUUGUGCGGGUUAUGCAAAUUUGUUUGAAGCUAUGGGGAAAGCCGCUGGAUUAGAAAUUCAUGUUGUCAGUGGUUUUGCCAAGGGCUAUGGAUACCAACCAGGUCAGAAAGUUGAAGGCACAAAUCAUGCGUGGAAUGCAAUACGCAUCGAUGACCAAUGGUACUUAUCGGACGCAACGUGGGGUGCUGGAUAUGUUGGGAAUGACAUGAUGUUCCAUCGUGAACCAAACUGUUUCAGAUUUCUGAUGGACCCAGAGUACGCCAUUUUUGAUCAUCUCCCUGAGAGUAACAAAUGGCAGUUUCUGGACGAAUGCGUGACCAAGAAGACUUUUGCUGAMGCUGCAGUUAUGUCAGGAGCGAUGUACAGUAUGGGUGUAGAAUUUCUAUCCCACAAAAAACUGCUUUACACUAUUGAUGAUGAUUCUAUUGAUAUGACUUUCUAUUGUCCAGGAAAGAAAAUGGUGCUGAUGGGAAAUAUUAAGAGCAGUUCUGGUCAACUGUUAAGUGAUGGGCGAGAGCGGGCUCAGAUUCGGCCCUGCGGUAUCAACCAAGUGAGGCUGCGGGCGCAGUUCCCAUCCCCAGGCACCUACACGAUCAAUAUAUACGUUAAAGUGGACGGCUCCUGGACUCAAGGUACAUCAUAUAUUGUCAAGACAACAAUGGGAUGUGGAUACGACAAUGGAGGAUUUCCUCAGAUGUCUGGAAAUCUUAACGAUAAUGGUUUUGACAUUCUUAGUCCAUUGGACAACAUUGAAACUAACACUGGAAAAGCAGAAAUCAGGUUAAGCUGUUACAGCAAACGGUUUCAUUCUAUAUAUGGCAACAUUCUUGGUGCAACUGAUAUGGAAAAGAACCUGGUAAAGAACUAUUGUCUAUGCUUCACCGUGAAAACUAACGAUGGCUUUUGUUUAAAAGUUGAUACCCCAGGUCCUGGAAAGUAUGUUCUAAAUACAUUCGCCAAAGAAGAUGACGGCAAAAGUUUAUUUUUGUGCAAAUAUCACAUCACGAACACGGAGGUUACAAGACGCGAUGUUGCUGGUUUUCCAAGGUUAUCUGAUGAUUUCCAUGCAUUCAAACUUGAGCUUUUGGAACCACAAGAAAAUAUCGUCACAUUAGAUGGAAGUCGAGUACUGAAAAUCAAAGGCGAUAUUUCGAAUAUCUCUUUUAAUUGUAGCCUUAAGCCAGAUCUUGGUACUGCAUUGAAACUUCAUCCAAACCAACAACUUUGCUUCUUUGAGAAAUCUGACGACGUGCUUAAGGUGAAAAUAGAUGCACCUGUACAAGGAUUGUAUACACUCAGUAUCUUUGGGGCGCAGCAAGGCAUGCCGGAGCCCAGUAAACAACUUUGGUUGUGUACCUAUAGAAUAUACAGUAAAAACACACUUGAACGUCCUGUCUUUGGAUUUCCACGACUGUCGCCGCAAUUUACACAAUGGGAAUUUGUGCUGGUUGAGCCCAAAGAGAACAUCCACUCACGAGAUGGAAAUGUCCAGAUUGUCAUGAAAUGCCCUGAUAAACAUACUGACCUGCUUUGUAACCUUAAACAAAACCAAGAAGGUUUUGACAAGUGUUGCAGUAUCACAUCGAAUGAUGACAAGAAAAUCAUUUCAAUCAAGCUUCCUUCUGAAGGGUUAUUCAACCUGAACAUUUUCGGAAAAAGAGAGGGUGACGACCAAUAUGUGUAUCUUUUGAGCUACCUUAUUAAAUCUGAUGGUCCAUCGCAGUAGUGAGCAACACCAGGGAGGUUAUUGCAAAAUAUUUUACAUCCAAUUGAAGUAGGACCUGUCACUUUCACAGUGACAUAACUGUACUAUACAUUUGCAUGCACGAAAUUUAAAGAAAUAUUUUAAAGAUUAUUUUAUAUGACCUUAUAUGAGCGCGCUGUGCUCACAUGUCGGAGAAAUACUUCCAAAACGAGAACAUAAAAUCCGUGUCUCCGCGCGUUUAUGUAAUAUCCGCCAUACAUAUAAUUUAUGCACCUAUAUAUGAUAAAACGUUUUAUUAUACUAUUAAAUGAGACCUUGUUUUAAUCAGUAAUAAAGAAGCCAACCUAUUUUUUUGUAUAAAUGAAAUACCCGUGAUACCCAAAGGUUUGAAACAUACGCGUGAAUUUGUUCAGAGCCGUAGUU